CAGUACGAAGCAAGCAACUUGCAGAAGAUGACUAAAUUAACACUUCGAAUAUUCUUUGCGAUUAGUUUCCUGUUGUAUGGACACAAUAUGCAUAAAACCGAUCCUGAAAUUGAGCUGUUUGCGAAUAUGGCAAAUUAUUUCAUGAUUGGCAAAGUUUGUAGUCAUAGAUGCGAUGUAUCCGUCAGUCAAGACGAAUAUAGCAGAUGGGACAUUCGUUUCACUGCGACUGUUGCACAAGGCGAAAAUGCAGAUACACUUUGCAAAUGCAUUCGCGAUUAUGUCAACCAUAAGAAUUGGCUCCGCAGUGUGACGCAUGUGUGCGUCCAUCAAUAUGAUUUGUUAACAUUUGUCCUACUUGGUCCCGCGAAUCCAGACGACAAUCCAAAUCUCACACCAUUCACCGAACCAAUAGCUGCAUUAUGUUCAAUUUUGAAAAAUUUCCCAAGUGCCGAUUUUGGUGGGUACGCAUGUACAUCUAAAUGCCGUAAAGAUGGAAAAUUGUCUCGCCUUCAGCUACAAUGUACACUACCUUGUGAGGCACCAAGCCCGGCAGUUGCUCGUGGAAAUAUUGUGGAAUACGUUAGUCAGAGUACCUUGCUUGCAAAUGCCAAUGUAACCGCUAAGGCUCAAGGACAGUAUUUGGAAGUUAUUAUGGUUGGCAAAUAAUUGACGGAUGUUUGUUGUAAUAAAUAAUUACGAAA